AUGAUGGACACAAUGCCUUCAGUAGGCAUCGCACGACCAGAACCUGAUUUCAGCACUAGGACUCCAGUGGACUCGAAUAUCACCCUAUGGCAGUUCCUACUAGAAUUGCUUGUACAAGGAGAACAUCCACAACUAAUCCAAUGGACAAAUCGUGAAGGAGAAUUCAAGCUCUUGGAUGCAGAAGCUGUUGCUCGACUUUGGGGACAACGUAAAGCGAAACCUCAUAUGAACUACGAUAAACUAUCCAGGGCACUCCGAUACUAUUACGACAAAAAUAUCAUUAAAAAAGUAAUUGGUCAAAAAUUCGUCUAUCGCUUUGUUGAAGCGAACAUCACCGAGCCAGUUACUUACAAUAUGAACCUUUGUCGUGCAAUGAGCAACGCUGCAGCUCCCGUGAAGGUUGACCCACUGCCACCGCCUGCUCCAACGGCAACGUUGACACCAACAAUUGUAAAGGAGGAGCCUUGCAAGCAGGAACUUGAGAAGUCUUCAAUGCCCGUACUCACGAACUACGCUACGCAACCAGAAUUAACGUCACUAAAUGUGAGCGGAAGCAGCGGAACAAGUGCACCAACGCCUUCACCAACGGAUAGCUCUUGUUCUCCGCACAGCGUCGGCUCGUCCUCGGGUGUGUCAUCAUUGCCGACGCUUAGUGUAACACCUCCAGGUCCAUCCUCACGACCUGCAUCAGUACACUCAGAUUCUUCGAGGAAACGGCGUGCAUCUCCUGCGGCGGAGGUUCCACGUCGUCCACGACCGGAUCCGUUGAAUUUGUCGGCAACCACACAAUUGCUCUCUCCGAGUCUUCCACACGGUGCAAUUUCACCGUAUCAUAUGCAGCUUAUGCAACAGAUGUCGCCGCUGCUUCUACAACAUCGGCUACAGUUGUACGCGUUGGCGUCAACGACGCCGAUCUUUGCGCCAAAUUCGCCGGUGCUUGCCGCCAUGGCCACAUCACCAUUCCGAUCUCCACUCACGACGCCUACCGCAGCAGCUCCACAUGUAUUCCAAUUCCCGCCAGUAUCAGCGUCAGCGACAGGAGGAGCGAACUCGUUGGUGCACCCACUAGCCACCAUGAUGAGUCCGGCGAACGUAUUGUCCUCGCUGAACAACAGCCUGUUCAAGUUCCCCUGCGAUAGCCUGAAAACACCGACGUUGACGUUAAAAACACCGCUUCCAGUGAAUAACGAAUUGUAA